AUGGCGUCUCUAUUCUCUUCACUUCUCUUGUCUCUUUGUUUACUCUCUUCACCUUUUCUCUCAAACGCAAACGCCAAAUCAAAACUAGGCUUCACCGCGGAUCUAAUCCACCGCGAUUCGCCUAAAUCGCCUUUCUUUAACCCGACCGAAACCCCUUCCCAGCGGUUGAGAAACUCUAUCAACCGAUCUGUUAACCGUGCGUUCCAUUUCACUGAGGAUACAUCAGCUAACUCACCACAAGUUGAGAUUACCUCAAAUGGCGGUGAAUAUCUCAUGAACGUAUCCCUCGGGACACCUCCUUUCCCGAUCAUGGCCAUCGCCGACACCGGAAGCGAUCUCCUCUGGACGCAGUGCAAACCAUGUGAUGAUUGUUACACUCAAGAUGAUCCUCUCUUUGACCCUAAAGCCUCAUCAACAUACAAAGACGUUUCUUGCUCCUCAAGUCAAUGUAAUGCUCUUGAAGAUCAUGCCUCUUGUUCCGUAGAUGACACCACUUGCUCUUACUCCAUGUCUUACGGGGACCAUUCAUACACAAGAGGUAACAUUGCCGCAGACACGUUAACGUUAGGCUCAACUAAUAACCGUCCCGUGCAGAUUAAGAAUGUUUUAAUCGGUUGUGGUCAUAACAACUCUGGAACGUUUAACGAAAAGGGCUCUGGAAUCAUCGGUCUUGGUGGUGGUGCAGCUUCGCUCAUUACUCAACUUGGUGACUCAAUCGAUGGUAAAUUCUCAUACUGUUUAGUCCCUUUAACUUCUGAAACCGAUCGAACGAGCAAGCUCAACUUCGGAACCAAUGCUGAAGUCUCGGGAACAGGAGUUGUCUCUACUCCUUUGAUCUCUAAGUCUCCAGAAACCUUUUAUUACCUAACCCUAGAAUCCAUUAGCGUGGGAAGCAAGAAAAUUCCAUUCCCAGUCUCAGAAUCUGGAACAACCGAGGGAAACAUCAUCAUCGAUUCAGGCACAACUCUAACGUUGUUACCAGCCGAAUUUUACAGCGAGCUCGAGGAUGCGGUUGCGUCUGCAAUCACUGCUGAGAGGAAGGAGGACCCAAAGAAAGUUCUAAGUCUUUGUUACAGUGCAACAGAGGAUCUGAAAGUUCCAAUCAUUACUAUGCAUUUCGAUGGAGCAGAUGUGAAGCUAGACUCCUCCAAUUCAUUUGUGCAAAUCUCACAGGAACUGGUUUGCUUUGCCUUUAGUGGGAGCCCGAGCCUUGCCAUAUAUGGGAACUUGUCGCAAAUGAACUUUCUUGUUGGAUACGACACCGUUUCCAAAAAGGUCUCAUUCAAGCCAACGGAUUGUGCAAAGAUGUAG